AAACAACGACAAGCAUUCAACACGACCACUCGUUCUGGAAGAAGCUCCCUCGAAUUUUCGCACCUCGGCGACAAAUUGUUUUGGAAGCGCUAAUCUUUCGACACAUUUAUUUGAAAGGCUCGCAGAUUACGCGGGCUUAUCUGUUGGUGGCCUGUUUGCGCUUCAGUGGCCGAAAUUUACGGGGUUUUGCUCCGCACUAACAAAUUCUGGAGUUGCUAUGGAUUCUCAAGUAUUUGUUCCAUGUUAAUGAAGCGACGAAAGGGCAGAUUUGCUCGAGCUCUUUCACUAAACAGCGCCGACAGAUCUGACUGCGUAAUUAAAAAAUCGUGAAUUUACCGAAAACUGUUGGACAUACUACGCCGAUAUUGUGGGUAAGUCGACUUGUAUCUUUUUUCAAAUGUUGAACAGUGAUUUGUAAUUUGUAUCCGUCAUUGUGGUGUUAAUUGCGAGAAAUUGUGUUCGGCCGUAUAAUAGAUUCAUUUUUGCCGUGUUUACUGAAUUUGGAAAGCCGUCAAGCAGUUUUUAUUUGCGGAAAGAGUCGCCAAUUCAUCAUGACAUUUAGCACUGACUUGUUGAAAGUCUGUAUUGUAGGCGAUACGGUUACAAGUUACGGUCUUUAAAAGAAAAAAAUCGGAACGAAGAGUACAUUUUUAAAUCGGCAUUCUGUGAUGGACGGACUCGAUUAGAACAUUUAUGAUUUAUUAUUUCAUAUAUACCGACAAGAUUGGCUAAAGCUGUACAGAUAUAUUACUUGCAUUUAUAAACAAACAGUGCGAAUUUGUCAGCGAUUUGAAGCUAUUUAUUAGAAGCGGACGUCUGGCAUUUGUUGUUGAGCAAUUUUUGGCGAGGGAGAACUUUGUUGUGCUCAUUAGAACUCACAGUGACACAGACUGAACUAUUUACAAAGAUUCGAUUUGUUACAUUAAGCAAAGCGGGCAAGGCGUAGUAACGUGUUAUUAAAAAUUGAAUCAGGAAAACAGGAGUAUUAUAUAGCACAGAUUUUAAGAGCGAAAUUAAUAAACCGUGCCCUGCUUUGGAAAGGAUCAAAAGCCUGGCGAGUAUGUGACAUUGUUUAUUAACUCUGAAAGGACCCAAGCAGAAUUACAAAAAGCAAACUAAUUUCGGAAGAGAUAAAAGGGAACCAGUGUCACAAUUUUAGCCACCCAUUAUUCUAAUUUGUUACUCUGUUUUACUGUAAAAGACAAAAGAAGCACUUUCUGGUUGAGAAACUAGACGAAACAUUAGUUCUUUAUCAGCGAUUCGUGGUGAACAAAAAUCCGCUUAGCCGACUUGAUUUGUUUACAGGACUAAUAUCGGCUGAUUCCAUAAACUGAUAGUCGAACACAAAGUGCUUGUCUUGAUUGAAUUUUAAACACAGUCACUGAAAAACAAAACCAAACUUAUUGAAAAUUUUAUACUCAGGUGUACCGUCCAACUGGCUGCUCGAUUGAUCUACCAACCCAGUGAGGAAACCAAAACAAACCAUUCUCAAAAUGAAUGCUUCGAAUCCAACCGGCAUAAACAACGUAUCAAGCAUGAACUAUCCAAGCUGUGAUGAUCCGCCCGAAACAGAAAACAUUAUAAUGACUGUUUAUCUGGUUGUGAUUUUAGUCUUGACUGUUGCGGGUAAUUUACUUGUGAUCGCAGUCGUUAUUGCCUACCAGAGACUUCAACAAGUGACCAAUUAUUUCAUCGUAUCAUUAGCUGUCGCAGAUCUACUCAUCGCAGCUCUAACGCUUCCCCUGACUAUCAACACGAACCUAAAUAACGGAAUAUGGUGCUUAAGCUUAUCCUCCUGUGGUGUCUGGCUGGCCGUGGAUAGCAUGUGUAGCGCGGCGUCAAUCUGCAACCUCGCAGCUAUAUCACUAGAUCGCUUCAUUGCGAUCACGUCGCCGUUCAGAUAUCGUGAACUCGUCACACGCAAUCGUGCGUUUAUAGUAUUGGGGGCGAUAUGGGUUUAUUCCCUUGCAUGGGGAUGCCUCUGUUUGCUGAAUUGGCAAGAUUCGGACAAGCCAGCUAUUGCCGUUUCUUUCAACGGCCAGCCCAUCGCAUGUCAAAGAACUGAGCCUAUAUACUACACGGUUGCUGCAGCACUGGCCUUCUUUGUACCACUGUUAAUCGUCUUGACCGCUUAUUCGGUUAUCCUAAAAGUUGCUAUCACACAAGCGAAAGCAGUGGCCGCAUUGGAUCUGAAUAGAGACAGACGAAAGAAGACUAAUUUCUUCCGCGAAGUUAAAGCAACCAAAACAGUCGCUUUGGUAAUCGGUGCGUUUGUGAUAUCAUGGCUACCAGUCUUUAUUCUACUCAUGCUUUCCUUAUGGGAUAAGGAUUACACCAAUAAUUUCAGAGUGAAUUACCCGGAACUUCAAAAAGCUAUCUUCUACAUUUUUUUGAGGAUUCUACCCCCCCUGAACAGCUGCAUAAAUCCUAUAAUUUACGCUGUGUUUAACUCAAAUUUCCGGUCGGCGUUCCUCAAGUUUUUGCGCUGCCCGCAGAGAAUGCAGCAAGAUGAUAUGAAUCACAGCAUGGCGACGACAUCCACCUCGAGAAGUCCCCAGAGAACGACGUACAGCACAAUGGUUCCAGAUCAGCCGGAGACUGGGAACAACAAUACAGAAACUUGAUAGAAGCACAUUCAUAAGGCUACUCUUAUUAAUUAAGGGUAUUCUUCAGGGGUAAGAAAUUUUAUGCCAAUUUAUUCCGUCAGGGGUACAUUCCAGACUGAAAAGUUUUACUUUGCGCAGGAAAUUUUUUUUCUGGGGCAAAAUGCUAAAAAAAUGUUGGCUGAUACUUUCACAGAACAUUUAUGGCAGACCAAGGGAUCCUGCAGUCAGAAAGUGCUUUUGUCAAAUAGGAAGACCAAUUGGUUCUUGGUUCACAAAAGCAUUUUAUGCAUGCAGAUAGAUCGGAAAUUAUUUGCAGUUUUUUACAAUUUGAAAUGCGCAUAUUGCCAUAAUUGCAAGAAUUUUCUUGCGCAGCCGAAAACGUUUCCUCCCAAGCCAAAACUUUACAGUCUGGGGUAGCCUGAUAACAGACCUACGUUUCGCCCUUCGUCGACCCGCGAAUUUUAGGGCGGGCGAAACGUAGGUCUGUUAUCAGGCUAAGUCUGGGGUACAUUUAAAAACUUUAAAAAAAUCACAAAAAUCGUCAGUACACGUUUUACUAUAAUAUACAUAUCUUUGACGAGCUGAUAACUGACAACCGAAAUAAAAUAGUUCAAUGCAUGCCUUUUUAGUAUAAUUGUAGUAUUCCAUAAGUUGUUACGAUGCAUAAUCCCUUGCCUUUUGGAGAUUUGCUUGACAUUUCUUUCAGAAUUGUAUUUUCUAUUUCGAUUGAUCGAGCAAAAUUUAAAAAUUCAAAAUGGCUGUGCAUGUAAAAUUAUUAUUUUUCUUAAUGUGUUUUCACUGAGCAGAUAAAAGUUAGACUUUUUGUCUAUUCAUUAGCCGAAAAUUUUGAAUUAUAUCGGAAUAAUUAUUAUGAGUAAACGUAUUUUUGGGACAUAGUGAACUCUGAAUUAUAAUCAUUGGUGUUAGCAUGGUUACGAAUUCGUUAAAAAAUGCAUGAUUGAGUUAAGAAAUGGGUCAUCAUCUACCUAUACUAUCCAGGCUCGUGGUUGGUUGAUUAUUACGAAAGUCACCGAACUGUGGAAUGGCAUAAAAAAUUCGUAUAUCGACCACUCCCACAAACGUCUACGACCGCGCUUACAUAUUUUUGCAUGUUUACAAUUCUAAUUUUAAACAGCCAAUCGACGUUUAAUUGUAAUUGUUAGCAAGAACCUGGUUGGCUGUUUAAAAUUAGAAUUGUAAACAUGCAAAACUAUGUAGAGUAUAGUGUGAAAUGUCAUUUUUGUUUUGAUUUCUUUCUGAAAGCCAAUCACAAAACAUGAUCAUUUUAGGUAGGUCUUUACCCUAAAAAAUGCAGGAUUGUGUUUUUCGAAGACGUCGAGUAAUAUUUCAAAAUUGUUGAAAAAUUAACAAAAGACAAUUUGACAAAUCAAUAUUUGUCAAAUUCUAAAUUUUGAAUGAAACCUAUAGACAACAUUUGUAUUUAUAUAUUUAGUAGUAUACAAAUAUGGGGUAAUGAUUGACUUAAAUUUUAGUUAGUCAGGUCUAGUUUAAAUUUCGCUCUUAUCAUGUACCGAACCCGAUUUAAACUGCCCAGUCAUUGUUUGAGCUUAUUUUCAUUAUACAUUAUAAAGACACUCUGGUUUUGUACAAAACUUUCAAGUCCUUGAAAGUCAUUGAAUUUGAAAACAAAAAUUCAAGGCCUUGAAUGUCCUUGAAUUCAUGUAAAGAAGUAUAUACUUGAAAGUCUUUGAAUUCUUCUUGAUUUAGUUUCUGGGUAUUUUCUGAAAUUUGACAUUCAAAAACAGACAUUUCGUUGAAUUGAUUUUGCAUGUUCAUAUCUGACAAAGCUGUUUGAAAUCAAUUGAAGUUGCGUUUUGAAUAAUUCAAUGUCACUUUUUUACUGAUUUUUAACGGGCUGAAGCCCUUUUGUAUAAUCCUUGAAUUUCCUGAUAUACUGUAUGUCCUUAGGGACCGGUCAUUAUUUAUGGUGGGGGGUGGCACCGAAGAGAAAUGUUUUUUCUGGUAAACAUUUUGCUGACCCAACCAUUUAAAAGCAAAAAAAUUGAUUACACAACCUCAAAUAUCAAUUAAAAAAUAAAUACCCACCCCUGGCCAAAACCUUUACAAAAGAAUACCAUUCAGUUGUCACACAUGUCCUUUACCACUUCUGUGACACAAGUUUGACAACUAAACUUUCAUGUUGUAUGUACAUGUACUUUCUUUGGAGACACCAUUUGUCUCCCAACAAAUCGGAAAAUGAUGAUAGUGACUCUGAUUUGAUUCACAUAUUGUAUUGGCAUACGACUGUUCACAUUGCUUUUUAGUCUUCAAUAUUUGAGUGAGUCAUGCUUUGGAAAUGACAAUAACUUUUUAUUACCCAACCCUUGAGUUGUUUUGUUUUUCAUUUACCCAACCUUUUGUUACUCAAAAUUUAGUUUACCCAACCCUUUUCUCUUCGGUGCCACCCCCCACCAUAAAUAAUGACCGGUCCCUUAAGCUGGAGUUUCACGAGCAACAAAAUUGCUGCAACUUGCAACAAAAUCUGAUUUCAACGCAUGUUAAUUGAAAAUGUUUAAACAUAAAUUACAAAUCACAAGGCAACAUGUGACGACAUUUCUACUUAACAUGCGUUGAAAUCAAAUUUUGUUGCAAGUUGCAGCAAUUUUGUUGCUCGUGAAACUCCAGCUUUAGUGAAAAUUUCUCGAAUUUGACUCUUCCUGACAUGUAAGAAACCUAUUAAUAUUCCUGGCUAAAUUUCCUGCUUAUUUUAACCUUUUCCUUAUUUUAGUCUGGUUAAUUUGACCGGGACUUCCUGGUCAAAUUAACCAGACUAUACUAUAUAGGUAGACUUGCUCCAAGUCUCUCUUUCAUUGUCAUAUAGUAUCGAUCCACUGUAGUGUACAUUACAUGACGUAGUACGGAGGGGCGGAGCGAGAAAGAGAGACUUGUCAACUUCGGAAAAUCUCGGUUCAAAACUGAACCGAAAAUGCAAGACUUGCUUCAAUUGUUUUCUGUCAGUGUUUAUAUGUAUUGAUGUAGCACAGUGUAAAUAACAUGAGUUCCAUUAUAGUAAAUAAUACAGAAAGAAAUUGAAGGAAAACAAUUAAAGCAAGUCUUGCAUUUUCGGUUCAGUUUUGAACCGAGAUUUUCCGAAGUUGACAAGUCUCUCUUUCUCGCUCCGCCUCUCCGUGCUACGUCAUGUAAUGUACACUAUAGUGGAUCGAUAUAACAAUGAAAGAGAGACUUGGAGCAAGUCUACUAUAUAGGUGGAUAAAUAACUGGGGGCUCUGGUUAUAUAUCCAUUUAUAGGCUGGUUAUUUUAGCAAGGACGUCCUACAUGAUCAAAUAUUAUAACCAGAUGCCUGGUUAAAUAAGGAAAUUUAACCAUGAAUAUUGAGUUAACCCAAAUAGUGUUAUUCCUACGUUAACAUGCAGGAAAUUAUAACCACAGUGUUUUUAUAGGGUGUAGGUGUAUUAAAACAUGAAAAGUUCGAUGUCUCAAGUAGACCUCAAUUUCCAAAUUGCUAGUUGUAAAAUAAAAAUCAAAGUAUACAAGGUAUGAUGUAAAACUGUAAAUUGCGCUGUAUAAUUAGUGAAUUGUAAUGUAUAACCAUGCAAGCUGCAAGCUGCAGGUAUAGUUUUUGUUUAUAUGUCAAGUAAAUUAUAGCUAUAAUUAUUCCAUAGAAAUAUGGUAUAAUGUAUGUUCAACCGCAAUUAUAGAGUUAUCUUGUUUUAUCUUAUCUUAUGAAACAUAUACAAAACUAGAUGGCAACUUUAUUUGUACUGAGUAGCUAUGUCAGUUCUAAACCUAUAAUAUAUACUCGAGAACAUUUUCUCUUUCAAAAAAG